GCGGCCACACGUAUAAAAGUUCCUUCGCUCUUGCCGACUCGCACACUCACCUCUCUCUGGUCCGAGAACAUGGUCUCCAAGGCAGUAAUCUGUGCUCUCCUCGCGGUGGCGGCCGCGGCGCCGCAGGGCUACCGCGUGCCCACUCCCGCACCCACCUACGGCGGCGGCCCCGUCGUGCCCAUCCUCGUGGACGACCGCCAGGGGCCCGAUCAGUUCGGCAACUACAACUUCAACUUCGAGACUGGCGACGGCAUCAGCCGCCAGGAGCAGGGCGCCCCCCAGGGCGAGCUCGGCGCCGUGGCCUCGCAGGGCGGAUGGAGCUUCACCUUCCCUGACGGCAGUCCCGCGGUGUUCAGCUUCGUCGCCGACGGCGCUGGCUACCAGCCCCAGUCCGACCUGCUGCCCACGCCCCACCCCUCCCCGCCCACGCCAUCGCCCAGAUCGAGAAGGCCCGCCAGGAGGACGCCGCCGGCGUAUCUCAUUCCUCCGCCCCCAGCAGGAACUACGGACUUCCUUAAACACAAUCCAGUCACCAAGUAUUCCCGCGAAGCUCGUUCAUGAGUUUCUGCGCGUCCAUCAUCUGUCAUCUCCCCAUAAUGUGUGCUUUGUAUCGUUAGCGAUUUCUAUAAUAAAUAUUUUUGCAUCACAAUCAAA